UAAAUGUACCCUUUCGGCCUGCAGUGAUGUCACAGCACCUUGGAGCUCAGAUAAUGUCAUGUCAAAGGUCGUCAGAAUAGAUUCAACUCCUUCAAUUUUCUAUUCAUUGCCAGACACUUUUGUUUGGAGUAGGGUAACAGAAGCCCGGAGCUCUGACAGAAUUUCCGUGCUCGAGACAUUGGAUCUAAUAGCAUCUACCAGUUCCUCCAUGUAACUUGGCAUUAGCACUUCAGCGCUAGUGUUAUCAUGAUGGCUAGCAGCACUGUGACUAGCCGCUUCCUUCGGCUUGGUGUUGCCUCUGGAGGACGUUUUGCUGGCCAUUUUUCGAAGCAUAGAAUUCUCAGACAGAUGCACGUCCUAUUUAGCUGCAGUACGAGUGUAUUACAAAUAAACUACCUUACAAAAAACAAAUAAAUUGAGGAAUAUAUGAGGAGCGCAUGUAGGGACGUCUUUACUCUGCCAUCGCCAGAUAAGUCUACUGUGACAUUGUGGAGGACCAGUAUGUUGUUGAGGUAGAAGGUGCACUGGUUGACGUUGCUUUUCACUAGCUGGACCUGGCUAGAGUAGGUUAGGUGUAACACUCAGUAUCCCUGUCCACCAGGUGACAUUUUCUCUGCUGCCCACCAUUGAGUUUGUGGAUUUGACACUUGACUUUUUAAUUUAGCAGUGAUAUCCCACUUCUGACACCAAAUGUGGUGUUGUGGUGAAAAAGAACCAGAGAAUAACAGCUGGAAUCACUGGGAAGGAAUCACUGAGAAGUGCGCAUGCUUCUGGUUCUCCUUCCUCUCACUGGUGUCUGUUUCUACACUGGGAUGGGUGUACAUCUGUUUUAUUGCUUAUAAUGACCACAGUGAUGUCAACUGGAAAGCUUUCGAAAAGUUCAGUCGGUGGGUCAACUGGUUCAUGUGUGUCAUCAUCCUGUCUUCAGUAAUGGCCAUAUACUGCCUUCUCCUAUUGCUUUUUUCAUUGUUCCAGUUUGCCAUUAAAGAACCUUUGGAUUUACACUGGCUCCAUAAGGUUUUGCUCUUUCUGGGUCUGGUAAUAGUCGUGGUCGGCAUAGCAGGAAUAAGCUCAGAAUGGAAAGAGGAAUGGAGCACUAUUCAUUUGUCACUGCAGGCCACAGCCCCUUUUCUGCAGUUGGGUGCGGUGGUGGCCUUGACCAUGUUGAGCUGGCUGGUCUUCCAGAGUUACCACAGAACUCAGAGUGCUGCUUCUAAAGCCCUGAUUAUUGGAGCAUUAGUGGCAGUUUCUGUUGCGAUUUUUCUCAGUCCUCUAUUAAUUCAUUCUCCGUGCAUCAUUGACAAACUUCCCCCGAAACCUGCCCUCAUUGGACACCGAGGUGCACCUGUGCUGGCUCCAGAGAACACCAUGAUGUCAUUUAGGAGAAGUGCAGAGUGCGAAGUUAUAGCCUUUGAGACAGAUGUCCAGCUCAGCAAGGACAAGAAGCCUUUUCUUAUGCAUGACAAUGGCACAAAGUUUCUACGGAGGACAACAAAUGUGGAUGUUGUUUUUCCAGAACGUGAAGACAACAGCAACAGUGACUUCACAUUGGAAGAACUGCAAAGCUUAAAAGCAGGCGAAUGGUUUCUGAAGACUGAUCCGUUUUGGUCAGUAAACUUGCUUUCAGAGGAGGAGAAGGAAAACGCUCGUACCCAGACAGUGCCGACUCUUUCUGAACUAUUAGACCUCGCCAAAGAACGCAACAUCUCUGUCAUCUUUGAUUUGAAGAAUGGCAGUUAUGACUGCAACGUCACAGUGACAACCAUCCUGAACUCCAGCAUCUCACACAAUUUAAUAUGGUGGCUGCCAUCAACAUGUAGAGAAGAUGUUAAGAAGCAUGCUCAAAGUUUCCGCCAGGUCUACAGCAAUGUAUCUGAAAUGAAAGACAAUAAUGGAAGUUUUUUAAAUGUGAAAUACAGCAGCCUGAGUACUGAAGAAAUCAGGAACCUGACUAGCAGAAACGUGAUGGUCAACCUGUGGGUAGUGAAUGAGCGCUGGCUAUUCUCUUUGUUGUGGUGCUCUGGGGCCAGUUCAGUGACCACUAACACCUGCCAUGUCCUCAGCGAUAUGUCUCACCCUGACUGGCAUCUGAAAUACUGUACAUACCUAAUUAUAUGGAUCACUGCUGACUUGGUGUCAUUGGUUCUGAUGGUCGUCCUGUUUUACUUGCAAAGGAGAAAGAAAUCAAGGAACCUCCUGGAUUCCUCCCUGAAUCGAAAAGAAAUGUACCCCUUUUUAUCCAAAAAAGAACACGUGUCAUCAUUUGAGUAGGUAUAUAUAGGCCUGGGCAAUAUGACGCUAUUUAUUGUAAUCAGGAUGACUUUUAUCACAAUAUGUCAUAUGAUUUUUUCAUCACAUCAUGGGUAUUAUUCACACAUAAACACUUCUUAACUAGAGAGAGCAUAAUUAGUCCUGUUUGAUUGGAUUUAGUGUAGCUCAGUGUGUGAAAUAUUAAAUACACUCAGUUGGAUUUUUAGUUUUUGCUAGGCUCUUUCAAGUGUGGCAUUCCAUUCAGUUCCAAAACAUCAGAUGGCAAACAAAAUAUAUAUUGUGGGACACCAUCUAACAUAUAGCAUUUUUGUCAUAUUGCUCAGCUCUUAUUUUAUACCAUUUCACUGUUAAUAAAAGGCUUAACAUUUCUACUGUUUGCAGCUGUUGAAAACAGCAUACUGCAUCCCACACAAUGUGAAGUAGCCUACAGUUUAAAAAUGCUGCAUAAAAAUAAUCUAGAAAAUAAAUAUGUAGAGAGGCAAGAAAUAUGUAGUGAUAACUACAGAAAAGAAAUGUUGUGAUUCUUGUGUGAGUGACCUUCCAGUGUUCUAAUGCAGUGGAAUAAAGCCUCAAUGCAAGGUUACUAUGAAAAGAUUACAUCCAGAUUUCUUUGGGCCUGGGGCUGCAGAUUUAGAUGGUUUGUGGAAGAGUCAUCUUUUGCCAGGUUUUGUCCUACUUGGAGAUACUCAAAUAGUCCAGUUUAAAUAGCAUUUUAAUAUUUUAUGCCAGUCUUAGAGUAUUUGCACGGUCUCAUCUUCAUCAUGUUAGAGGCCUUCAUCAUGCUAUAAGGAGCAGUUUCCCACACCCAGGUUAAUCCUAACUCUGCUCUGUUUCAUGGUGAAUCACCACUAACAUUACAGUUUAGUGACCUUGCUUAACUUUUGUGCAGUAAGCCACUCUUUUUGUUUUGUUUAGAGAUCCAUCAUCCUGAUUCAUUUCAUGCGUAUUCGAUAGUGCACCAGAUACCCUUCAACCAUGCAUUCCUUUGUUUUUCCUUGUUCCUUAUAAAUAAUCUUAAGUUUAGCUGAGUUUGGUUAUUAAUAAUGCAGUUUCUCUUGGGAGGAUGUUGAGAUUUAUUAUAAGUUUAGAAAACUUGAAAAUUGAGAAAAUAAUUAAACAUAACUUAAUUCAAACGAGAGGAAUUUUAACAAAGUGUUCAAAAAUUGAUUAGAACACAAACACUUAGAAGUACAGUCUCUUUAAUAGUGGUAUUUGUAUAUAUUUUAUAAUAUGCAUUAAUAAUUAACUGUGAAUGAAUGUGCUGUAUUUCAGCUUUUUUCUUUUCUUUUCAGUUAACUGGGAGAAAUAGAGUCAUGUGAAUUAGCACACAUAAGAUUGAUUAUUGAUUAUAGUGGACGAGAGCAAAAUGAUUGUUAGAUUACUUGGGAGCUCUGCUGAUGCUUUAGACCAGCUGAGCUUUAAGUCUUUUCUCUUUAACAAAUUAUUUUAUUUGUUGUGAACAUGUAAACCACUGAGCCACUCCUGCCUCUUACUGUAACCUUCGAUGCUAAUUCUGUAGCAUGUAGUCAGACAUUUAUUUUAGAAUUAGUCAGAAAUAUUACUACUCCAUCUCAAUGGAAUAUGUGGAUAUGGAAAAAACUUUACAAAUAUUAGUAAUAGUAGCUGAUUUUACACUUAAAGUGCUGUUGAUUCUAAACUGCAGUCAGAUACUGCACCCCACAGAGCCUGUUCUUUUGCCGUUUGUGAAUGGAGUAAGCCAAGGACGUUUGAACACCACUGGUCAAGUGAUGUGUUUUGUUGCUUUUUAAAAAGAAAAUAAGAAAACAUAUCAGCUACAGGAAGCAGACUUAAGUAUAUCAUUUUUCUGUAACUACAAGUGCAUGAAUUAUGUUUAUUUAGCAUUAUUUGCAUUUUAUGUUUUCUUUUUAACCCAAAAGUGUUAAAUUCACUUGUGCAUUAAAAUGUGUAGAAAUAAUGGGAUAUCUGUAGAGGAUGUGUGCAUAUUUCACUUAAAAAAAAAAAACUGUUAUCUGACUAAGGGCACCCAAACUUUUGCAUAUGACUAUAUAUUUUUUACCUGUACUACAUUUACAUGUAAGAAAGAGAGAUUUUGGUAUUUUGACAAUAACAUGUAUUACAGUAUUUAUUUCUGUAUGUAGCUUCUCUGUAACUGUCAGCCUGAUAUUUUGAAGAAGGACAGCAACUUCAUACUAGUGUUCUUCUGUGACCUUGAACUGAAGCUGAAUGUGUGGUCUGACUGUCAAAUAGUUGUUUUUGGCAGCAUGUGUAGUUGGAAUAACCCUGAAGAUGUUCCGUGUGACAAAUACUUAGAGAUUUGGUGUGCUUUUUCCGAAAGCCAAAGGGACUUUAACAGUAUCCUGUUAAUUAAUUUCAGAGUGGAAAGAAAACAAUAGAAAACAGUCCAUUAAAAGUAGGCUAGUUUGCUUUGGUAAUCUAAUCAGUAGUUAUUGAAUUCUUCCUUUUUCACCCUGGUACAGCAUAUUAAAAUGAUUCAGGCUACAAUGUUUUUAUCCCCUGAUGUUGAUUUAAUGCAUGGGAAGGCAGAUCUUUGAAACUGUUAGAUAUGAUGAGCACUGUGAAUGUAUGAGCUGUGCUGAAUGUGCGCUGAACUUCUAUUUGUGUCUGGGCAUAUAUUGUUUAAAAUGCAUUUAUAACGUUUUAUCACAGAAAUUGCCUGUUGCUGCUUUGCACAUUUACAAAUGGAGAGCAUUAAUCACUAGUUUUAGUGUAAUGUGUGGCUGGCAUUUUAACUGUCUUUUGGUGUUUUUGUAUGAGUUUUUUCUGGUUGUUCUUUUCUGACAGCCUGAUGGUGAAUGGACACAUAUUUUGUACAUUAUUGCAUUAUUACUGUAAAAAUAAACCACAGUUGAUUAAUCAA